AAUUUCCGAAUAAUAUCUGAGCGCUGAGGAAUUUCUGAUUGGAAUUUUAUGGUUUUUUGUUUUUUUUUUUGACUCUCUGUCAUCUCGAUUUCUGCAAAAAGUUGACGGCACGUGCAUUACCUUUUCGGGUGUUUUACUGCAUUUUGCUGGUGCAGUUGUUUGUUUUCAUCAAUAAAUUGUGUGUAAUUACAAAAAAGCCUGCUAAACAAUUUGUGAAUCAGUGAAAGUAGUGAAUUAAAACAUAAAGUGUAACUUAAUAUAAAGUGUGAAAAUGGGAAAGAAUAGCAAAAAUAAAAAUAAUAAAUCGGCCAGCAAUAAGAAUCAGUCUGCAGGCAAUGUCACCACCCACGCACACGAUGCACAGUCAUCUACAAAACAACAGCAACAACAACAGGCGCCAAUUAAACGACCCACGCUAACGCUACAAAAGCGCAACGAAUUGAGUUCACUUAUCAAUGCAUUGCUCGAAAUAGGCUUUAAACAGCCCGCAAACCCUAAAGAAGAAUGGGAUCAAUAUUUAGAAAUCCAAACACUGUUGCACCGUGUGCAAAUACUUGAAGCACCACUGCGGCGCACCAACUCCAAUCCAACUACAGAAGCGCGUUUGGCUAACAUUGAAAAUUUCUAUCGUUGGGCCACUGAAAACGGUUUGCGUUUUGAUGGCGUGCGCAUAGCACAGUUUCAAGGCUAUGAGUUGGGCUUGGAGGCUACACGAGAUAUAGCCGAAGAGGAAGUGCUAUUUAGUAUACCGCGCAAGCUUAUACUCUCCGAGGAGAAUAUGGAUUUAGAUUAUAGUCCAACACAAUUCGGUUCGAUGUCGAAUCUAAAAUUGUCGUAUGUGUUAAUGCUGGAGGCUUUGAAACCGGAUAGCUUUUGGAAACCCUAUAUCGAUUUACUACCGGAGAGGUAUAAUACUGUACUAUAUUUUACAACCAAAGAAAUGGAAAUGCUGCGUGGCUCAAAUGCUUUAACUGCGGCGUUGCGUCAGUGCAAAGCAAUUGCGCGUCAAUAUGCGUUCCUAUACAACUGCACCGUGAAGGCGUCGCGUGCAGACAAAUUCAACUCAAUGGGACAGACGUUUAAGGAACAGUUCAACUAUGAUUUGUAUCGCUGGGCCGUCUCCACUGUCAUGACGCGUGAGAACUUAGUGCCACGCUCACGUCCCUUGCAUAGUGGCGAUGAUAAUGGUAGUGAAGAGAGCGAAACCAUAGCGGCGCUCAUACCCUUCUGGGAUAUGGCCAAUCAUCGCCAGGGACGUGUCACCUCCUUCUUCAAUAUCGAAACACAGGAGAUGGAGAGCUCUGCUCAGUUCAGCUUCAAAGCUGGCGAACAAAUCUUCAUACAUUACGGCGAUCGUUCUAAUGCUGAUCUCAUGAUACAUAACGGCUUUAUCAACCCGACCAAUCCCAAGGAUUACGUCUGCAUCAAACUCGGCCUUGGCUCAUCCGAUCCACUGCUCGAACAACGCGCCAAAUUGUUGCAAAUGAUGCAGAUUGCAAAGAAUACCGAGCUGCAGGUACUGCCACCGCCCAAAUACAUCUCGUCCGAACUGCUGGCGUUCGUGCGCGUCUUCAACAUGAACGCACAACAGCUGGAACACUGGAUUACCUCAGAACGUGCCAUGGAUCUGUUGCAUAUCGACUGUGCGCUCGAGACAACGCUCGAAUCGAAGACUUGGCAGUACUUGCAGACUCGUCUAAUGCUGUUGCUGCGCGUCUUCCCCACCACGCUGGAAGCGGAUGAGGAGCAGCUGGCUGCAUGCAAGAAGGGCGAGCUGUAUCUCUGCUAUGUCGAGGCGAUGCUGCUGGAGUAUCGUGUGCUGGAGAAACGCGUCUUGGCGGCAGCGCUCGAUUAUGCCAAGCAGCGCGUAAAAACUUAAGUGGCACGUGCAGAAUGCGACAAAGACGGACGAGCUGGCGAGCCGAACAAAAAGUGUAGUGUUGUAAAGUGAGACAAAUAAAAUUCGUUCAAAUUUUUUGUGGCCAUUUAAACAUACAUACAUAUAAUGCUCAGCAAAUACACAUACAUACAAAUAUUUAUUUUUUUAGA